UUUUUUCUAUAAGCAAAAAUAUACAAGAUUUUCAGACGUUUAUAAAUGAAAUUAAGAUGACUAUUAAGCAUCACAAAUGAAAGAAAAAAGAAUCCUGACACCUUAAGAGAAAUCGAAAAUUAUAACACCAAAGUCUUGGAGAACACCAUAAUACCGUAGUAAGGAAUGAGGGAUUACACAUUAAAGUCAUUUUAAAUAAAAAAUAAAAGCAAUGACGCAUAGAUAUUUAGUAAGAACCAGGAAAUGACUUUAUAAAUCACCUCCACCCCUAAAAAAAAGACUAAAACUAUUUCAUAUAUCACAAAACAUUUAAAAGAUAAAAACUCAAGAACAAACCACAAAAACAUUACAGAAGAAGGAAAAAAAAAGUGCGUCGAAUAUAAUAGUUGGAGAAGAACCAUCAGCAGAAGUAAAGGAUCUUCACAAGUGCCACAAUGACGGUGUCUUCCACACUUGGUCCCUGGCGACGAAGACACCUGCUCUGGCUGCUGCUCUCCUGCUGCCUCAGUGUAAGCUUGACGGAUGACCAGCAAGGACAGCGGCCAGCGUUCGCUUCAGCGGAGUCCACGGUGACGGUGCAGGAGGGAGAAACGGCCCGUCUGCCUUGUGUGGUGCUUCACCUCGGAGAUAAGUCGGUGACGUGGUUGAGGCGACGAGAUCUGCACAUCCUGACGGCUGGACACCACACUUACUCUGCUGACCAACGCUUCCAGGUGGUUCAUGCUGAGGGCAGCGAUGAGUGGACGCUGGUGGUCCGCUACUCCCAGCUGAGGGACGCGGGAGUGUACGAGUGUCAAAUCAACACUGAACCUAAACUCUCUCGUCACGUCAUGCUCAGAGUCCAAGAACCUCGGCCUCCGAGCACAGUGACCAAGACUAAGGUAUUCAUCGCCAACAACACAGCUUCAACUAAGGACGGUAACCUGCGAGUGGAGAUCCAGGGACCACGAGAACUAUAUAUCGAGGAGGGCUCCUCCCUCAGCCUCACCUGUCUGGUGACGUCACUACGGGGCCCCUCAGCCCUGGUCUACUGGUACCACGACACCAGCCUCAUCGACUACAACUCUCCCAGGGGUGGCGUCAACCUCAAGAUUGACCGUGGUCGUGGGGAGACGACGACCAGGUUGGUGGUGUCCUCAGUCGGACCCGGAGACUCUGGCAUGUACUCUUGUGUACCUCAAGGCUCCCACCCCGCUACCGUGCUAGUACAUGUACAGAAGGGGGAACACGAGGCGGCAAUCCAACAAGGAGGUCUCGACGAGUCAAAUUCUUCAACUCCCGUUUCUUCAUAUCUUCUACUAGUGUGUCUUGUUCUUUUAACAUCCUUCCUAUUCGAUAUCAACUUUAGCGUCCAGUACUCAAGUCAAUUUUCCAACUUAAGUAGUAAUACUACAAAAAUGUGCUCUCCAUCUUGCCAAGGCACGGAUUCGUACUUGCCUUCCCCGUGCUGCGAGACUCCUAGUUCUCCCCACAUACUCUCACCGUUCAUUUUGCAUCCAUUUACAUCUGGGUUGGCAUGAUAUGUACUGACUCUUUUUGAAUAUUGCCCCGCAUAUGUUGUAGAUCACAUCUAUAGACUUCAUUGAUUCUCUUUUUAGUUUAUUUUAUGUCAUCUCCGCUCCGGUAGUAGUUCUCUCCGUUGUGACUUUGGCUUGACGUUAGUGGAGUGCCUUAGCGUUUUGUUUUACCUAAUUGCCCUUCUGUUAACAUUACAACUAAGAAAUACACGUUACAGUACCGUGGCUGGUUCAGUUCAUAAGUUACCGAUGAAUGGGAGAUGAGAACUGAUGUUUCGAUUCGUUCUGAAUCAUUAACCAGAGCUUUCAAAAUGGUCCGGAAUGGAGAGAACUGUUGUCUAAGUAUCUUCUCGAAUUUAUAGGUAAGCUAUGAAUUACUAUUUAAGCUACCCACGUAUCUUGAAACAGUAUACUCGAUUCUCCAUUCCCUUUAACUAUUUCAAUUCCAUUCCUCCCUUACUUUUCCUUAAAUCCCUUACCAACUACACGUUUAACUAUUUCCCCUUUUUUGAUCACUUUGUUCCUCCCCCCAGCCAAUAUUUGAGGG